AUGAGUAGUAAUGCUAAGAAUGUUGAACAGAAUGACAAAAUAGAAGCUUUGGAUAGAUAUCAGCCUGGGACUGGUUCUGAUGAAGAUGAAGAUGCACCAAAUAGUACUGCUAAGAAUGGAUGGAAGUUCAGGGCUGCAGAACAGUUCCUUUGUUUCUGGCAUGAGUACAGGAAUGGGUUGUUAUAUGGCUGGUACCUAUGCAGACUGUUUCAGCUUAAUGAAUUGUUCCUUACAGAGCCUCAAAAGGCUAGGAUUUAUCAUUACUAUGUACCUGUCUUUCUCUGGUGUGAACAGCAGAUUACUGAGCAACAGUCGAAGUUUAAAGAUGGAGAAGAUAUACCUCCUUUAGUGGAUGUCUCUUCCAAAGCAAUCAUCAAUAGAGCUGAAUUGAGUUCUAAUUAUAGGACAUCCAGUGGCUCUGAUAUGACAUUGUCAAGUUCUGAUGACAGUUCCUAAGAGGUUCAGGCUUGCAAAGGACACAACAUUUGGACAAAGGCACUUGAAUAAGUGGAGUCAGUCAUCAAUUUCCUUAUGGAUGGUAAGGACAUAUUUAUUAGGAAAAAAAAAUCUCUUAAUUAGCCUUUAGCUAAAUUCUGAAUUUUGAGAUUUUAGUUUGCAAGUGACACGUAAAUUAAUUUCAAAGUUCCUCAUGCUUUUGUACUC